UUCACGUGGCGGGUUUCUUUGAAUCAUUGGUGUACAUAUUUGUGUUUAGCUCAUUUGCCAAGAUGGAAGCAGAAAGCUUUUAUAGUUACUUCUUUGAAGAUGAUUAUUUAGAGAGUGAUGACGAGGAAGAAAUACUUUCUUUCCAAAAGAUUCCCCGGCAUAUAAGUCGGAUAAUCAAAGAAAAUGCACAUGAUCCUCAAAUAAUUGAGGAUACGUCUGAAAGUGAGGAAGAAGAAGAGAUUCUUCCUGAAACAAAGGUGGUAAUUCGCCAUCUACCUCCUGGGAUGACUGGAAAAUCCUUUUUCCAGUUGGUGUCUCCUUUGCCUGCCCAUGACUACAAAUAUUUUGUAGAGGCAAGCAAGGAGCACAAUCAAAAUAUGUAUGCUACAGCAUACAUUAACUUCGCUAAUAGGGAGGAUGCAGAAUUGUUUUUGAAACAAUAUGAUGGACACAUCUUUCAAUAUGGAAAAGGGACAAAGUAUAAAGCCAUUGUUGAGUUUGCUCCUUUUGCAAAAAUUCCAAAAGGACCUUCUUCAAAAGAUCGUAUUUGUGGAUCAAUUGAUGAUGAUCCUGACUAUCUGGAAUUCUUAGAAAGCCUCAAGAGGAAAGAUACAGAAGCCUCUAAAGAGGAUGAUGAAGUUAAGACAUCUACUUUAAAAGGUUUUGAUCCUCUUGUUCAUUAUGUUAACACACGGAGAGCUGAACGCACUGCCAGAGGUGCACAUACACCAAAAUAUUAUCGAAAGUGGCAGAUAAGAUAUUGAUCAAUGGUGGGUUAUGGGGACACAUUACAUUCCCAAUGUUUUUGAAAUUUUAUUGAAAAUAUUUUGGUUAUUUUAUAUUUUAACAUUAAAAAGAAUCGGAACAAGAAAAAAAAUGUUAUUUUGAUCUAUCUCUUAGUUGCAAUUUUUUUUUAAAUCCCCUUUUUAAAAUUUACUGCUUUUUUCAAUGAUGAAUAUUUUUUUCU